GAACAUCUCCCCGUAGCCGGAAUCCGUGAAGUUUGUCAAAUUAUGACAGGAAGUCGUUUUCUUUUAAUAACAAUAACAAGAUAUAUGACUCGACGGUCCGUACGAGUGAACGUGAGCCCGUAACAGUCCCGCGGCCUCCGCAUGACAACCGGCGUGGAAACAGUCAAGAGUCGGUGACUACGCCUGCGCACUCCGGGCUGAAUAUCGAGCCGCCCUUCCUCCGCGCCAACUCGCACCGCAGCAGGACUCGGGCGGACGUUCCACGCACAACAACCGCGAGUUACUUCGCGCCUCUGACCGAAAAGUGCUCCGUGGCGACAUGGAGAGUCCGCUCCGCACCGAACACGAUGAGCCUCUGCUGCUGCUGCCGUCCCUGCGGCUCUUCAUCCCGCCGCUGCGCCUGGUGUCUGCGGCCAUGUGGCAGGUCGUCCAGCGGGGAGACGUGCACGACUACGGCAUGGUGGAGGAGUUCGUCAGCACCGUCACGGAAAUCGUGCCGGAGCUGCUGAACGCCGACCAGAAGGCUCAGCUCCUCCUGGGACUCAGAGCUCGGGUGGUUCUCGAGUUGUGUCAGGCCGAGGAGAUGACGGACAGAGAAACCAUCGAGAUGCACCUGGACCGGAUCAAGGCCCUUGUGUCCACCUGGGCGGCACAGCCGUGUUUUGCAGAGGUCGAGUUUCCAGAAUCAAACUUUGCUGAUCAAAUUGAGUUGUUGUUGAAAGACACAGAAGAGAAGGAGAAGUUUUUCCAGGAUGUUUUCCCGACGGACUUUGGGCCAGACUACGACAGCGCUCUGCAGGUGCUGAUGCUGGAUUUCCUGUCCAGGCUGGAGAAGCUUCUUCCAGUACCAGACAUCCAGCAGACUGCGUCCAUGCUCUGUGCCGUCCCGUCGGCCCUGGAGGAAUGUGUGCACUCGGUUCCCGACCUGCAGCACCUGAAGACCGUGCUCCUGUACAACACAACACUCGGACAUUUCGAUUUCUCUGAAGAAGCUCAGAGCAUCCCUUCUUCCUUUGGCAACUGCAUCCUGUCGUCGCUGUCGCUGCCUCAGCUGGAGAAGGUCAUCAUCGACACAGACCAGAUCCAGCUGCAGCCGUCGUCGGAGCAGAUGCAGGGCUGCAUGGCGGUCCAGGUGGAGGGCGAGACUGUGACGCUGUUGGACUACAUUCAGAUUGAGCAGCCGGAGGGUUUGGUCGAGCCCGACGAUCAGGAGGUGACCGAGAUGAACGAGGAGGAAGCGGCCGGCGACGCGACGGACGAGGACGUCGGCGACGCCUUGAAGCCGGCGGCUUUCCAGCCACUGAAACAAAGCAAACGGCUGCAGUUGAAGAGAAAAGCUUUAAAGGACAAAAACUCAGCAGCAGCCAAGAGGCAGAGGAAGAAAUACCCCAACAACAAGACGUGUCCCGUGUGCAGCAAGACGUUCCUCCGCGCCGCGGCCAUGAGGCGACACCAGGAAAUUCACUCGUCGAACCGCGAUCUCAGGUACAAGUGCGCCCACUGCGACAAGCGCUUCAGGGACCUCUACGACAUGAACCGGCACAACAUGCGCGUUCACGAGAAGGACGAGUUGAGCAGCAACUCCAAAGAGGAGGACUCGGGGGACCCCUGCACCUCGGAGAUGCCGGAAAACAAAACGUGCGACCUGUGCGGGAAGUAUUUCGGCCGCCCGGUCGACAUGGAGCGACACAUGAAGUCGCACUCGGAGGACAGGCCGUACAGGUGUCCCUUCUGCGAGAAGAAAUUCAAAAACCCGUACGUCCUGAAGAGACACCAGAAGGAGAUCUGCAAGAGCCGAGAGCUGAAGAGGCUGAAGAGGAAAGAGACACAGCAGUCCAACCCACUGCUGCCGCCGCCGUCGGACGGGUCGACGGAGGGUAAAGUCUGUCCCAUCUGCAGCCGGGUCCUGCCCUGCACCGCGGACAUCGCCAAGCACCUCCGGUCCCACUCGGAGGAGCGUCCGUUCAUCUGUGUCACGUGCGAGAAGGGCUUCAAGUACAAGGACACGCUGAAGAAGCAUCAGAUCAUCCACGGCCACGAGGGGAUUCGGGAGGAGGAGAGCAAGACGGUGGAGCAGAUUUUGGCGGAGGCCGACACGCAGACGUGCGACGACGCCACUGGCCUCGAUAAAGGAGGAAGUCCGGAGGAGUCGCCGUCGGCGCCGGUGCACAAAGUCGGCAAGAAGGGCCUGAAAGUGUGUCCGGUGUGCUCAAGGGCGUUCGACAGCGUCAAGACGCUCAACCGGCACGUGCAGUGUCACACGGAGGAUCGUCCGUACCACUGCGUCCACUGCAAGAAGCGCUUCAAGCACAUGCACGGGCUGAAGAGGCACCAGAUCUACGCCAUCUGCCACAAGAAGAUCACCCGCUUCCUGUGGAAGAAGGAGCCGAGGGCGGGCUCCAGCCAGGGGGAGCCGACCGGCGCCGACCCGCAGCAGGGGCCGCCGCUGAAGAUCCCCGUGUGGUGCUCCAACUGCGGCAAGCACUUUGAGUACCCGUCCGCCCUGAAGGAGCACCAGGAGAACGUGUGCCAGGUGGACGUGAGGGACGUCAUGGGCUGCGACGACUGCGGCAAGGAGUUCAAGAGCAUGACCAUGCUCAAGGUGCACCAGCGGAUCCACGACCCGCUCUACUGCAAGGAGUGCGGCAAGAUCCUCGCCAGCGAGCAGGCGUUCGAGCGGCACAAGCUGAUGCACCGGCCGAUGCAGUGCACCAUGUGCGACAAGACGUUCACGCUGCUGCGGCGCCUGCGCGAGCACUACGAGAAGCAGCACGACUUCGCCGGGCCGUUCGCCUGCCCGCAGUGCGACAAGACCUUCGUCCAGCUGUCCUACCUCGCCAUCCACCAGAGGAUCCACAAGGGCGAGUUCCCGUACAAGUGCAGCCUGUGUCCGGAGAAGUUCCGCUCGUCCAACUGCCUGACGGUCCACCAGCGGAAGCACACGGGCGAGAAGCCCUUCCUGUGCUGGCAGUGCGGCAAGUGCUACCGCUCGGCGUCGGAGCUCACCGUGCACAUGGGCACGCACUCGGAUGAGAGGCCCUGGGCCUGCGCGCAGUGCGACGUGGCCUAUCGCACCAAGCUGCAGCUCACCAACCACGUGGAGCAGGUGCACAUGGGCGUGCGCUAUCCGUGCGCCAGCUGCGGCAAGCAGUUCAUGAAGGAGACGUCGCUGAAGAGGCACGAGCUCAUCCACACGGGCGAGCGGCCGCACCAGUGCACCGUGUGCGGCAAGACCUUCCUGACGGCCAACGAGCUGCGGCUGCACAACCGCUACCACACGGGCGAGCGGCCGUACAAGUGCGAGGUGUGCGGCAAGGCCUUCAUCCAGUCGGGCUACCUGAAGUCGCACAUGCGCAUCCACACGGGGGAGAAGCCGUUCAAGUGCGACCUGUGCAACAAGGGCUUCCGGCUGUCGUACCACAUGAAGAAGCACCGGCGCACGCACACCGGGAAGCCCAAGAGCUACAUCUGCGAGGACUGCGGCAUCGCCUUCCUCCAGAAGAAGUCGCUCUGGGAACACUCGCUCACGCACAACGUGAAGAUCGAGCCGCCGUUCGCAGAUGAAGUGAGGAUUGAGUUACUGUAGGAGUCCGUUUCUUCUCUAGGCAACGAAACCAAAAAAUUUUCUCUGGUUUUAAUUCGUCCUUUGUUAUUUGAUUUUGACUAAAUCGUAAGAUGUUGAUUCAUAUGUUGUGUUAAGCUUUUUGGAUGAACUCUAAGGUGUAUUAUUUCUUCUUACAUUGCUUUUUGAAAUAAAUCCACCUUGAAUGUGUAA